UGCAAUUCCCGGUCCUCCCUGGGUCCUCCUCUACCAGUACUACACAGCGUGCGCUGGCCAGCAUGCUGCUGCUGAUCAACAGCUGCGCGUGCGGCCUCUCACGCGUGUGACGCCCGUGCUACGGAAUGCCUAGGAGAGAUGUCCGCCGACCACGGACGAACGUACCCAGAGAGGCUUUGUUUCACCCAGGCGCGCCGCCUCAUGCCUGCCGAUAUGACAUCCAAGCAAUGGUCGCAUUGCUUGUCGUGGCAAUGAUCAAAGAAGCCACACCCCGGAUCUCCGGAUUCAAUCGCAGUGUAAGGAUGUCAUUGGCGAAGAUACCGGGGCUCAGUACAAUGGCCGGAGCUGGCCUCCAGAGGGGACGUCGACUGCGUUGGAUCGACGCUCGUAACACUACCAGAUCCCUGCGACCGCACAGUCUCCUCCUACCAUGUCGAACUACAGCGGCGGAUCCCAACCUCGCACCAACAACUGUCCGAUCCAAGGCUGGACGGCUCCGGACGACGCCGCUGCCAACCGCCAGGCUUGGCGGGACACACACCCCACACCUCUUCCGUACCGUGGCAGCGCGCCCGUGUUCAGUGAUCCUCAGCCACUGGCACCCCAGGCUUCUCAGACCACACCGCUCCCGCAGUCAUUUAACCCCGCGGGUCACAGUGGAUUCCCCGACGCGAUGGGCGAGCCUUCGAUGAAUCCAUUUAGGUCGCCGGGUCGGACCGAUGCCUAUGGAUCAGUGUUCGGUAUGUCUUCAGGCGUACCGGAUUCUUCUAGCUCGUGGAUGAGUGCGCGUGCCGACUUUGCGUCAACGUCAGGGCUCGAUCAGCAUCGGGGAAUUGCUGGCU